UGGCCCGCGGUCUGCGAAGAACAGGGUCCUGGCCGCUGGGGUCGCGGGUUUGGCUGUCCUGACUCGGUUGUGGCAGUCGCGAUGUUUUUCUCCCAGGCUGGGGCCCGGCCGCGGACGUGGCAACCCAGCCCUUCAGAACACAAGCAAUGGGGGAAAGUAUUUAAAGCAUGUGAUGAAGAUAACAAAGGCUAUCUAAGCAGAGAGGACUUUAAAGUUGCUAUUGUGAUGCUGUUUGGGUACAAGCCCUCCAAGAUAGAAGCUGAUUCUGUGAUGUCUUCAAUAAAUCCAAACAGUUCCGGUAUAUUACUUGAGGAGUUUUUAAAUAUUGUAAGGAAAAAGAAGGAAGCUCAACUAUAUUGGAAUGAAAUAAGACACAUCUUCACAGCUUUUGACAGGCACUAUCGUGGAUAUUUAACUUUGGAAGAUUUCGAAAAAGCAUUUAGGCAGGUGGCUCCCAAGUUACCAGAAAGGAUUAUUCUCGAGGUAUUCAGGGAAGUAGAUCAAGACUCAGAUGGUCUCGUCAGCUUUAAAGACUUCGAAUAUGCCAUGAACUAUGGACAAAAUGAAGCCUAACUAUUGUGAACUGCUUUUGGCACCUUCUGGGGGAACCAAUAGAUUAUAUUGUAUUGAAGUGUCCAUGUCCAACUCCACUCUACUAAUGAUGUCA